AUGAUUCCAGCUCCCCACAGCAAUUCGACGCCUCCUGGAUCAUCCCCCUUCCUGAAAAAGCGGUAUCGGAACGUCUCCCAAGCUAUGAAAUUCCUUUGUUCCUACUUCAUAACGUUCCUUCUUCAAGACCGGGACUGGAACAAGAAAUCCACCAUCUCAUCCCGAGAGAUCCAAACCGCUGUCCGACUCAUCCUCCCCGGAGAGCUCUCCAAGCACGCCAUCUCGGAAGGAACCAAAAUGAUAAUUUACGGCUUGCUUCUGAGUCUCGCUGUGUAUCCUCCCACUGGCACGCAACAAAGUACAUUGAGAGUAUCAUUGAAAUGGGAUUGCCCCAUGAGGACACCGUCGAGCGUUGGUUGCUCAGCCUCUGCGCUCAAAGUCAUCAAAACAGGGAAACCGGGGCUCAAGAAAGAUGGGAUAAUAUUCACUUAA